AUAUGGAGGAAAUAAUACGUUCAUAUUUCAUGUGUGGACUUAACUUUUCCGAAAUUCUAACUUGUUUGUCAAAUAAUGAUGGAAUCGCAAUUAGUAUGCGGACAUUGAAGAGAAUUCUGCAAAGAUUAGGUUUGUUUCGCCGCAAAAAUUACAGUGAUAUUGUAGAUGUUUCGUUGUUUUUGCUGGAACAAAUUCAAACAUCUGGAAGACAACAUGGAUACAAGAUGAUGCACCUGAAAAGUAUCCAAAAUGGUUACGUGGUGACACAGGAAACCAUCAGAGAACUUUUGCACAUUUUAGACCCAGUUGGAAUAAAAAAUCGACAAAGACACAGGCUUUCUCGAAGGAUGUAUUCAAAUUUUGGUCCAAAUUACCUUUGGCACAUCGAUGGCUAUGACAAACUAAAACCUUUCGGAAUUUGUAUCCACGGUGCUAUCGAUGGAUUUUCGAGGUACAUCUUGUGGCUCGAAGCAUAUACGACCAACAAUGAUCCGAGGGUAAUCUCUGGAUAUUACAUUGGCACAGUGGAGUGUCUUAAAGGUUGCCCUUUCAGAAUAAGAGCAGACAUGGGGACAGAAAACGGUUAUGUUAGAGAUAUGCAGAUUUUACUAAGGAGUUUAGGUACCGAUGGAAACGACAGCAAGUAUUAUAUUGCCGGUUCUAGCAAUCGAAAUCAGCGCAUAGAAAGGUGGUGGGGGAUUUUACGGACCCAGAAUGUUCAGUACUGGAUAGAAUUCUUUACAAUGCUGGAGAAUAUGGGCAGUUUUACGGGCAAUUUUCUAGAUAAGUCAUUAAUCCAGUUCUGCUUCAUGGAUCUCAUUCAGGAGGAUCUAAACACAGUGCGGCAACUUUGGAACAAUCAUCGCAUAAGACGUAUCAAAAAUCAAUGUAGUCCGAAUGGGCGACCGGCGGUUAUGUACACGUGCCCAGAAUUAUAUGGAACCCAGAACUAUUUGCGCCCGGUUGAUAGGGUAAAUAUAGCUCUGUGCGCAGAAGAAUGUGUGAGAAAGGACAAAUAUUGUUGUGAUGAAACUGUUUAUGAAAUCUGCACAAUGAUUAUAGAAGACCACGGUCUAACGAUGCCAAGAAGUGCAGAGGAUGCGGCUGUAUUAUAUCAAGUCCUACGCAGGGAAAUUCUCGAAGAACUUGCUCUUCAAUAAAUCAAAAUGCCGACAUAUCACUUUGACAAUAAACCAGUUAAGAUCAACAACUGAAUAACUCUAAUACGAAUAUAAAUGUAAUUUGUGCAUUUAAAUAUGAACAUGUUGUCUUAAUUUCCUCACCUCCUGAA